UCUGCAUCCAAGAUUUCUCCCCCUCAGCUCUUGUCCCAGAGCCAGUUCACACCGCAUUCUCUCACCGACUCUUCAGUAUCCUGUCAGGCUGUCAGGCAAAAACGAUAACAGGCAAACACGAUAACAGGCAAACACGAUAACAGGCAAACACGCAUACAAACCACCAACCAUGGCCGCAUCCCGCUCGGAGACCGAACUAUACACGUCGGACGACUUUGUCGAAAGCGCCGGAGCCGUGCUCUUCCGCGUGGCCGCGCGCGAGAUCCUGGUGUUGCACUCGCGCGUCGGCGAGUACGUGCUAGCCAAGGGCCGGCGCAACUGCGGCGAGAGUCGGCGGGCAGCGGCGCAGCGCGAGGUGGCCGAGGAGUCGGGGCUCGCCUGCCGCCUGCUACCCCUCGACAUGUCGACGCGCGCCCCACCGCCGGAGCCGGCCCCGAUAUCGCCGCUAGAUCCCGGGGACCACCACGCCGACGUGUCCCGGUCGUACGCCGGCGUGUGCGAGCCGUUCGCCAUGCAGAUCCGGCGACUAGGGAACAGCGGUAGUGGCGGCGGCGGCGUCAAGAUUAUCUGGUGGUUCGCGGCGGCGGUUGCGGACGAGGACAAGGUGCCGACAUUUGACGCCAUGACGCCGGCGGAGAGGGAGAGAUUUGACGCCGUGGCGUUUGUGGGCUUUGACGAGGCGCUGGAGCGGCUGACGUUUGAGCAAGACCGCGAGGUGGUGCGCCGCGCAAUAGCUCUGGUGGGCGGGACGUACUAUGGCAAGUAGGGGUUACCUAAGGCCGGUGCGGGAAAAGCAAGGGCACGUUCUGGAAUACCAAGCGAAAAUGGGGCGCUCACGUCAGAUUCGAAACGAAUGUAUUGGUCAA